AUGGACCCUCCACAGUCAUCCAAACAAACAAAGAACCGGCCCCGAGAAGUUGUCAAGGUGCUGUACGACUACCGGCUCGAGAACGCGCCGGGGAAGUCCAUCGUCGGGCUCCAAGUCCACCUGCCGCCCGGGGGGUUCACGCCUCCCCACCGACACGGCGGCGCGACCGUCGUGGCGACGGUGACGGACGGCCAGUUCCUGAGCGGCAUGAACGGCAACCCGCCCGUCGUCUACGAGGUCGGGCAGAGCUUCAUGGAGCUGCCCGGCUGCCACCACACGGUCGCGGAGAACAACAGCCGAGAGAACCCCGCCACCUUCACCGCCGUGUUCAUCGUCGACACCGACGUCGUCGAGGACGGAUACGGCCGUCUCACCGUGCUCGAUGAGGCGUAG